AUGGAAUUUACCGCUAUGCAACCUGUUCCGGAAUCCAGCGGCAGCGAGGGCGAAUCGUCUCAGGAGGCUUCCAACAAAACGGAGGAACGCUUCGGUCUAGACCUUGGGCAGAGGCUGCGGGCCUCGCGCAAGCCCUUUUUUGCGGCGAUCUCCGUGGAGCUGUUGUUCUGCGCGUUGAUGAGCAGAUGGGUGCGGGAAGAGGAUGUGCACUUCUCCCCACUUGAGAAAUGGAUCCCCGUGGAUGCGAAAGAUUUGGUGGAUUUUUGCUGGGGCACAUUCAUCGUGACAGGCCUCAUGAGAGUUUUCUGCAUCUGGGGUCUGCCUCACGUCCGCACGAGCCCUAGGGCCGUUCGAAUCGGCACUGCCAUCUUCAUGCUGGCGGGCACCUUGCAGUGGGUGCACCUCGGCUUAGAGAUCUAUCUCUCGGCCUUUUACGUGGAAUACGAUGCAUCCACACCUGUGGAUCGGGUGCACGAUGUGAGAAUGGCAAUGCAGGAGGUCCCCGCCUUUCUCGGUGCGCCCUUGGCCUCCUGCCUGCGCGAGAAUAACUGGAGCUACUCUGCAUGUCGAUUGAGGGUGACGAAGAACUGCACGAUGCCCUUCGAGUCUGGCAAGCAGUAUACAGAUGGAGCUUGCGUGGAAACCGUCGUCGUCGCCGGCCAGCUGUGCUGCGUGUGCGAGAGGGUUGUCCUUGGAAAGCCGUUGAUGGAGUUUGGUUUGAGAGUAGACGACGUCUUCAUGCUGGUAAGAUGGCUGGCGAUUCUGAUGCUGGGUUGGGUGGUGCGUGGUUGGGUAUCGACUCCUGCUGCUAACUCCUUUACCAGCGGCGCCUGGCUUGACAUAUUGGAUGCUGUGGUCUUUAGUGACAACAUCCGGUCCCCAGCAGUUCGCCAUCCUGCGUAUGGCAUCGACUUCGACGGCAGCAUGCGCCCGAAGGAUGCAACGCCGCCUGAAAAGGCACCCAGCAUCGACGAGCUGAAGGAAGAGCAGAUGCGCCGUCUGCAGGACAGCUUGGCAUGCUCGGACGAGCACGAGGCCAGGGCAGCAGCGGAAACAGCCCUGGAGCUGCUCCGUCGGAGUGUGAAGGAGCGGCAAGGAACUGAAAACACCGGACAUCCCGUGUGUGUGGAUGUUCAGGAUGGCUCCCACAGCGAACGUCGCCGUGCUCGAAUCCUCUGCCAAAGUCUCCGACAGCAUCCGGCAACUCCAGGGAGUUCCGAGGCCUACCUGGUGAAGUUCACGGAUGGGCGGAGUCCGUCUGAGCAGAUUGUCCCGCUGGAGCACAUCCAUCCCAGCAUUGACCAUUCAGAGGAUAGAAAAAGCUGCUGCGCGGGCUGGCUGUCCUAUGACGAUAUGGAUGAGGCAUCCGAGCUUGAUCACUUUCUCCGACGGGCGCAGCUCCUGGAUGCAAUCCGCUCGCUUCUUCUUUUGGAGCUCCCAUUCCUCUGCUGGCGGAUAUACAUUGACUGGUACACUGUGGACAUCGCCAACGCCCGGAUCCUGUUCAUCUUGAAGAAUGCGAUCUGGGCCGCCGUGGAUUUCCUGACGAUCCUGAACUGCGGCGGCGACGGCGGUGUGAUGUGCUCUUGCAGACCGCUGAGACACGUAAGCAGCCUUGCAGACACGCAGCUGGGCAAGAUCUGGAUCGGUCCUGCAGGUUUGUUUCUGCUUGCAGCUCAAGUCGCCAGCUCAGUGCUCAAGCUCCGGCUCAACAACCGUCGCGCAAACCUGCUCCUGCAUCGUGCCUGGCUCCAAUCUGAGCGGAACAGCGCUGGGACUGGUCGCCCGUCGCAUAAUGCGAAGUUGAGAGAGGUUGCAGAUCAGUUGGAUUUGAUUGACGAGAAACUAGGCUACGCCCAGCUGGCAUAG